CCAGUCGUUUUGUUUAAGCUUUCAGCCCGUCCAAGCAUCACGAGUAAGGAUAUCUUGUGGCAUGCCAGAGAAGAUGAAAUCAAAUCUUUCACACCGGGACUGGUAAUCGAGAAGCAUUAACGUACGCGGAAGGAGCGCUCGCUCGCGCUAUCCAUGUAGGAUCAACUACCAGAGAGAAAAGAUGGGCUGGACCAUCACGUCUAGAAAAAAAAGAGUAAAGCGAUGAAAACCCUAGACUAUCGUUUCCCCUAAUCCCGCCGCCGCAUGCUCUCCCUCCCGCGUGCCCGUCCUACCACCUCCACGCCCUUCCCCCUUCUCCUCUCCUUGCGUCGUCGGUCUGGAAGCCGGAGCUCGGAGCCGACGCCUCCGGAUCUGAAUUCGUGCGCCAUGGUGGCGAUUGGUGGAGGCGGCUCCUCCACCUCCUCAUCUCCUUUCUUGGUGUGGCGCUGCUCCAACCCAGCCCCGUCGCGCGAGGCGGCGGCAAGAACAAGAAGGCAGGCGGCGCCACGAGCUCUUGUCCCGAGGAAGCCGCGGGAGGAUGAGGUCGAUGCGGUCGUCCGCGCCUCAUCCGCUGUGGGAGCCCAUGAGCGAGAGGAAGGAGGCAUCGUCAGCUGCGCGCUCGAGCUCGCCACGGACAGGUCCAUCCAUCUCUCCCUCUCUCUCGCUCUCUCUCUUUCUAUCUCUCUCUCUCUCAUUUUGGGAAUGUUUCAAAGUGGAAAGGCAAGAAAUGUUGCCAGAAAAGAUUAUGUAGAUUUUUUUAAGACUGGCGUGAUGGCAUACUAUGGAUACAAUGGAUUUCACAUUGAAGCAUUUGUUGAGACCGAGACCCGUAGGAGGGAUCUUGUUGCUGCUCUUAUUCCAAGGAGGGGUUAGUCUGGAUCCGACUGAAAAAUGGUAUGAUUAGUUGUGUACGACUCAAUUAUUGUGGAAUAUAUGGCAGGACAUUACAUGAAACAAGGUUCACGUUCCUUUUUACCAGUGAUGGCUCUUGCUCCUCAAGAGAAGGAGCGAACAGUUAAUAUGGCAUAAGAUUUUCCCCCACUCUGAUAAUCCCUUUGCAAUAAUUCAUUUGUCUAACUAAUACUAUGUUUGCAUGUAUGUAACCCUUCAUAUGCUAUCUGAGCGAUGAUUAUAACAAGGCAUGACUGCGGGCGACGAAGGAGGGCACGACCAGGCGUGGUAGCCAUUGGAGGAGGAGACGGAGGGAGAAACGAAGAGAGGAGAGUAGAAUGUCGAGACCGUGGGCCGCGAAGGAAGCCAGCGCGGCGGUUGGGCACGAUCUGAAGAAUCACAAUAUUUCGCCAAUAGGUUCAGAGACGAGAAUUCAUAGAAAUGUUAUGCUCAGUCGUCCUAUUGUAUCGACUGUAAAGAUAUUGCAAUUAGGCUCGAGUGGACGUUGGCGAUACGGCAAUGAGAAGAUCAUGUGAUGCAGCACCAACUGCUUGUCAACAAUGAUUUGAAGAAAAUGUUGUGACAGCCCAAAGCACCAAGCUUAACUACUAGACGAGGACAUGAAUUUAACUUAAUAGGUACACACAUUUGCAUGUCAGCUACAUGAAUUAGGAGGGUCAAGUAGCAUAAUUUAGCCGCGUAGCUGUGAUGUACAGGUGUGCUUUGCUAGAGAUUGUUACUAAACUGAAUGAUACUUGUGUACAUUUCCAAUUACUGCAUUUUUGCUGUUAUAUUUUGUUGGAUAAACGAUUGGUUGAAAUGUUAAGCAUUCCCCGGUUGAUUAAUCUCUUUGCUGUCCUUAUUCUGAGAUGAUAAAUUUCUAUAGAUGCUGAGAGUAGGAGUAGGAUCCUCAUGAUGUUAGUUCACUACUCCCUCUGUAAAAAAAUUAUAAGAGCGUGCGUUUAGAUCACUACAUUAGUGAUCUAAACGCUCUUGUAUUUCUUUACGAAGGGAGUACAUCUUAACAGGACAAUUUGCUGGGGGAAAGCAUUUCUUGACUCCUCAUCUGCCUGGACAUCCACUUUGGCUCACGCCCCGCCAAAGCCAAGCAAGAAGAGAUGGUGAGGUCGAAUUCGGCCAGUCUAUCUGUUUCGAUCCUCCGUCUCACGGAUUUUGCUCAGACCACGUGUGAGAGUGGAAAACUUUUAUCCCUCGCUUCAUUUUGCCUAUAUGGGAGUACGAGUGAACUACCAGUCUACCUUAGAAUUAGCUUACAGCUCUCAUUACCAGGUUGCCCUGAUACUUUGCAAAAAAUCCCUCGGGGGCUCUCGCGGUCGCCCAGGUGAUCUGGCGGCGACGGAGAUCCAGAGUGAGUGAGCAGAUGGCGGCCUCGGCGCCGGCGGUCCCGCCGGAAAAGAGGCCCCCUUCCUGGAGCCGGCCUCGUCGGGGGCCUCUUCAGCGGGCAGGAUUGGGAGGAGCUUCGGAUGAGAUCAAGGCGUAUUUUCAGCCGGGCGAAGAACCGGGAGCGGUGCCUGCAGCAUUCAAGGGAAAGAGCGAUGGAUUUGAUCCGUAAUUUGGUAGGUGAGAUCCCCUCUGUUCCAUAUGGGGAAGGUCCGGUCGGGACCAAUGGCGCCAUGACAUCCGCGGAUUUAGCGGACUGUGUUUUGGGGGAAAAUAUGGUGAUAGCGCAGGAUUUGUAUUUGUUUCCUAAUCAAUUGGUAGAUCCUUCUUCUGGAUUGGGUAGUAUAGAGAGGAAUCAGUGGGGAUCGACCAUGUCAGCGAUUUUACCUUUGGUAACACUGGAUUUUAAUUCCUUUAAAGGCAAUAGAGAAAAUUCCGCUGCUAUUACUUGGAAACGGCGUAUUUAUGGUGUUUCCAUUUCAUUUUUUAUUAAGACUAUCAAUUACGCUCGGGUUGCUGAGGAUAGUUAUGUAGAUUUAGCAGGUUAUCCUUUCAUUUCGGUUGUCAGUAUGAGAGGUCAGCGGGAUUUGAAGGAGGAGCCGAUUUUGAUCCCAGACCCUUCCAUUCGUGGAUCAUCUGGGGGAGAGGGAGCUGUUUGUGCUGUAGUUAUUAGGAAACUGCACUUUUAUGGCAUUUUUUUCAUGGUUAAUUGCAUCAAAUUUAUUUUCGAGGCUGUAUGGAAGGGGACCCUGGCUUGCUAUAUUUGUGGGCACAGGAGAGGUUGUCUUUCUUCAGGUUCCUCACCAUUGCAGAAUCACUUGUUCUCUGCUCCUUCCAUUCCUUGUGGCGGCCUAGUGAAGUAUUCCAUGGCGGGUCAGGGAGAGAAUGUGAGUAGUGUGGUGGGGAAGAAACAUGUGACUGGAGUGGGUUCCAGGAGGGUGAUGGACGCCAUGGAGGGAGGGGGCUCUUCGCCGGCCAUUAUCCAAGCUGGUUCCCCUCUUCGCCAGCCUCUUGUCAUUGACAUGGAGGCUGCACUACUAGGAAAAGGGCUAUAG